GCCGUAGUACGAUGAUGUCACGAUUUAGCCAUUUUUAAUUCUUUGGCGGGUUUGGCAGUUUGCUUUCUGGUGUCUGUUUAUUUCGUUCCUUUGGUAAAGAAGAGACAAAAUGGAGCGUGGAAGAAAGAGUAAAGUCAAGAGCAGGAUGUCUGAGAUGCCCAUGCGAAUGCAAGACUCCAACAGAAUGAGCACUGCGUACACAACUCCCCGAAGUGAAAAGCCUUCAAUGGGAAAGCUCAGUAUGUCCAAAUCACUGCUGCAGACAUCUGAGAGGCAGUCCAGAUUCUUUGGUCAACGCGCAAGUGGAGCCAGUAUGCCACGCAGCAGCUCCGUUUAUGGCUUUGGAGGACCCGAGAAACUCAAAGAUACACGGCCUCUGCAUGACAAAGCCUAUGUUCAGCAGUGCAUCAAACAGCUGCAUGAGUUCCUGACAGAGCAUGCCUACCAUGUGGCACCCAAGAUCCUCCAGUCACCGUCCACCAAGGAGUUUGUCAAGAUCUUUGAGUUCAUCUAUCGUCAGCUGGACCCUACUUUUCAAAUGCCAACCUCCAAAGUGGAGGAGGAGGUUCCAGCUCUCCUCAAGUCACUCAGAUAUCCGUUUGUUCUGUCCAAGUCCUCCUUGUAUUCCGUGGGUGCUCCCCACACGUGGCCUCAGGCACUGGGUGCCCUUAUGUGGUUAAUUGACUGUGUCAAGGUCCAUAGAAACCUGAACCAGCAGAAUCUGCUCUUCAGCGACUUCUGUGAAGACAGCGACAACAUUGAUGACAGCGCAGACUACAACAAGCUUUUCCUCAACUACACAGCAACCACAUACAGAAAAUUCAUGCAGGAAGAGGACACCUAUGAGGAAGACGACGAUGCCUUCAUUUCUGAAUUGAAGAAACUGUGGGGUUAUGAUGAAGAGCUGCUGGUUUCCAUGGAGCAGAAGCACAAGAUACUGAUGGAAGAGAUUGAACAACUGGAGAAGGAAAACCCAAAGGACCGCCUACAGGUCAAGAGGAUGGAGCAGAUGAAGCUGCAGUCAGACCUCCAGAAGCUGCGUGAUUAUCACGCCCAACUGGAGGCCUUCCAAGCAAAUAAAGAGAAAAAGUACUCCGAGCUGGGCGAUGAGCUAAACCUCGCUGUCAGUACUCUGGAGUCUCUGAAACUCGAGAAGGCAGAGCUGCAAAAGGUCCUGCAAAACCAAAUGUAUACCCCGGCUGACGUAGAGCGGAUCAACCAGGAGAAGCGUGAGCUUCUGAAAGUCAUCACUAGUCAAAGCAAAACUCUGGAACAAGCCCUGCAGUCCAAGCAGAAUGAAGAGAUCGUACUAGCCAAAAGCAAAGAGAAGGUUGAGUUGAAGCUAAACGAGUACCACAAUAUCGCCCGCAAACUGAAGCUGAUACCAACGUCUGCGGAAAACGCCUGUGGCCAUGACUUUGAACUUAGGCCUUUUGAAUGCGGACCUGGGAAUGUCCACCUCAACUCACAGACACAGGUUCUUUUGAGAAAGCUGACCAACGAUGUGGAGGAGGAUCGCAAUCUACUGUCCAACAGCAAAUUCAGCCUGGAGGAGUCUUAUGAACAGGUGAUCUCCAACAUCUUUGACAAGGAAAAUGACCAGAAGCAGUUGAGAGAGCAGAUCCGCAAGGUGGAACACCGCUGGGACGCCAGCCGGAAGGAGGAAGAGCGGGAGGAGAAAGAGUGGGCAAAGGAGGUGGAGAGGGUGGAACGCAAUCGCAAUCUUCUGAAGGAGAAGGUCAACAGUGGUUACGAGGAAGCCAUGCAGGAGAAUAAGGCGCUGAAGCAACAGUACCAAAUGGUGCUGCUGGAGACCAAUGAGGAGAAAAAAACGGUCUGCAACAACCUCAUGAGUGUGUUCACCAUAGCAACAGACCACCUGUCUGCCACAGAGAAUUGCCUGAAGGACCUGCUCAGCCAGGGGCAGCAUUGCUACUCCAAGGCGCUGGAGGAUGAUGAGAAGACCGUGCAGGGGCUUAAGAAGAUGGUGGAUGACUUCAAGUUGAAGGUGCAAAACUCCCUUGAAGAUUAAAAAACGUACCGGUUUGGGGAUUGUUUAUAAAAGAAUUGUUUUGUUGUGUUCCGUUAACCUGUUUGGGGUUUGUUUAUAAAGGAAUUGUUUUGUUGUGUUCUGUUAACCUGUUGUGAGUAUUAACACGUAUUUGAAAUAAAAAGUUAUUGUAG